ACGGGUAGUGGUGGUGGUUGUGGUAGUAGUGGUGGUGGUGGUGGUGGUAGGCUCACAACGCUGUUUCCCGUGGGCCAAAAUGUAAUGCCAACUUGCUCUGACGUACACCACCACCACCAAGAAUACAACAGAAACCACCACCACCACUAGUACCAGCAUCACCACAACCAACACAACAACAGCAGAACAACAGCAGUACCCAAAACAACCACCACUACCCACUACCAGCACCACCACCACCACCAACACACACACACAUCAGCAACAACAGUGGCAGAGCGACUCGCAACCCAGUGUCCGCGCAUUGGGUUCUCGCCUCAAGACUCAAACUCAGUCAGUUGUGUGCUAACCUCCGACGAGUGAAGUGUUGGUCCCCGCUUUCCCUGGCUCAUGGAAGAGAAAGGAAAUACAAAGUGAAUAGGAAAACAAGCAAGAACUGAGUGGUGAUUUGAAAAACGUGACGUGUGUUUGUGUCUGUGAGGAAAAACGAGUGAGGAAAAAUGAAAUAAAAGUGUUAUAACAAAGCCUCGAGUGAAAAAAAAAAAAAAACAGGAAAAAGCAGAGAAAAGAAAAGGAGGAAAAGUUAGAUUGAAGGAAAACAAAAAUAAGAGAAAAGAAACUCUACUAGAUAAAAGAAAAUACAAAAUUAAAAAGAAAAAUUGAAGCUGUGUGUAUGUGUAAGUGUAACAAAACCAAAUAGAACAGAAAAAAAUGCAAAAUAUGAACCAAAAUAAGUAGAAAUAAAAAGUAAAAAAGAACCAACGAAGUAAAAAAAAAAAAAAUCACUGAAAGAAAACAAAAUAAAACAGCAAAAUAGAAUAAAAGAUAAAAAAAAAAGAACCCAGUGAAUUUUAAAAACCCUGCCACAUUUUUCCCGCCACUUCAGUUAACCAGAAGCGUGAAAACUGAGCGUGGCGAGGCAUGAGUGGAGCGUGAGGGCAAGUGGCAGGCAACGUUCAGCUGUGAUGGUGGUGGUGGUGAUGGUGGUGGUGGUGGAGGCGGUGACGGUGGUGAAUGAUGUUGUGUGUUGAGACAAUGAGAACGGAGCUACUCAAACUGGACGGGGUUGACACUGAUUAUGUGUUUAUUAACAACAUCAAUGGUAAGCACGUUGGUGGAGGACGAUUCGAGGGCUGGACUGUCUCUGGUCACAGCGGUGAUGACAUUCUGGCUGUGUACGUUGUUCCCAGAGGCUGGGGGAGUCACGGAGAUGAAGGCAAGAACAGCCAGGGGUCGGGAGAGAUCAGCGGAGGAGGUGAGCCCCCUGAUCCUGCCGAGGUUAGAGGGGGCGCCGCUCCACACCCCUCCCCAAUACAACUACGACCCCGAAUGUGCCCGUGUGGAGGCGUGGCUUGACGACCACCAGGACUUCGUGUACGACUACUUCAUCAGGAAGGCGUCGAGACACAUGGUUGACUCCUGGCUCCUCUCCCACGCCCUCCCACAGAGCCUCGGGGUGGGCGCUGGGGCGUACUGCGGCGCGGGGCCUGGUGAGGUGGGGCCCGGGACAGGAUUGGGCAAUUCAGGGCAUCAAAACUCAAAAGCUUCUUCUGGAGCGGCCACGCCAGUUCGCAAGAUUUCAGCGCACGAGUUUGAGAAGGGAGGUCUGCUGAAGCCCAUUAUAACUACUAUAGAUGGGACGCCGACCUUCAUAUCCCCCGCUGGAGCUGCUGAGAAUGUGGCUAUUUUGGCGAAGGUGCGUCGUAAGUCCCGGACAGAAUUGAAGGGGCUGGACGAGCGGCAACUUAUCUUCGAGCUGGUGAAGGACAUCUGUAACGACCUGGAUGUCCGCUCUCUGUGCCACAAGAUCCUGCAAAAUGUUUCUAUCCUAACCAACGCCGACCGCUGCUCUCUUUUCCUCGUGCAGGGCGAUAAGGAGUCAGACAACCGCUGCCUUGUGUCCACGCUGUUCGACGUCAACCCAGACUCGACGGUGGAGGAGAUGGAGGAGAAGGAGGAGAUCAGGAUAGCGUGGGGCAGUGGCAUCGUGGGCUACACUGCGCAAAGUGGAGCCAUGGUCAAUAUCCCUGAUGCUUAUGAGGAUGACCGCUUCAACUCAGAGAUUGACUGCAGGACGGGCUACAAGACGCGCUCUAUGCUGUGUAUGCCCAUCAAGGAUAGUUGUGGGGAGGUGAUUGGUGUGGCGCAGGUUAUCAACAAGCAUCAGGGUCAGUCUUUCACCACUGCCGAUGAGAAGGUGUUUGAAUCCUACCUCCAGUUCUGUGGCAUUGGCCUCCGCAAUGCUCAGCUGUAUGAACGCUCCCAGCUGGAAGUGAAAAGAAACCAGGUUCUUCUGGACUUGGCAAGGAUCAUAUUUGAAGAACAGAGCACCAUAGAGCAGAUUGUGUACCGCAUCAUGACUCACACCCAGAGCCUCUUGCAGUGUGAACGAGUGCAGAUUCUCUUAGUACAUGAAGCGUCCCGGGGAACAUUCUCACGUGUGUUUGACUUGGAGGUGAAGGAUCUGCAGGGAGACGAUGCCGAGAGCCGCACCAGCCCCUUCGAGUCUCGCUUCCCCAUCAACAUUGGCAUCACUGGACACGCUGCCACAACGGGAGAGACUGUGUGCAUUGCUGACGCAUAUCAAGACUCAAGGUUUGACAAGUCAGUGGAUGAAAACACAGGCUUCCGUCACAAGUCCAUCCUGUGCAUGCCUAUCAAGAACACGGCCCGCAAGAUAGUGGGAGUCGUGCAGCUUGUGAACAAAUUUGACAACCUUCCCUUCACAAGCAAUGAUGAAAACUUCCUGGAAGCCUUCGCCAUCUUCUGCGGGAUGGGAAUUCACAACACCAACAUGUACGAGAAGGCUGUGACAGCGAUGGCCAAGCAGAAGGUGACCCUGGAGGUGCUGAGCUACCACGCCACAGCCCCAAGAUCAGAGUCACAGAAGCUUGUGAAAUUGAAAAUACCGUCAGCUCAGGCAUUCAAGCUUUAUGACUUCAAGUUUGAUGAUUUCAGUCUUGAUGAUGAAGGAAGCUUGAAGGCAUGUCUGAGAAUGUUCCUCGACCUGGACCUGAUUGGGAGGUUCCACAUAGAGUACGACGUGCUGUGUCGCUGGCUGCUUAGCGUCAAGAAGAACUACCGUAACGUCACCUACCACAACUGGCGGCAUGCAUUCAAUGUGGCGCAGAUGAUGUUUGCCAUUAUCACGACAACACAGUGGUGGAAGGUGCUGGGUGAGCUGGAGUGUUUGGCGCUGCUGGUGGCGUGUCUCUGCCAUGACCUGGACCACCGAGGCACAAACAACUCCUUCCAAAUCAAAGCCUCAUCUCCUCUGGCCCAGCUGUACACCACCUCAACCAUGGAGCACCACCACUUUGAUCAGAGUGUCAUGAUUCUCAACUCCUGCGGCAACCAGAUCCUGAGUAACUGCACCCCUGAUGAGUACUCCCGGGUCAUCAGUGUGCUGGAAGACGCUAUCCUGGCUACUGACUUGGCAGUUUACUUCAGGAAGCGAGGUGGAUUCUUCUCCAUGGUGAAGAACAAGCAAUGUGAUCUGAACCAAGAGGAUGUGAGGGAGCAGGUCCGAGGCAUGAUGAUGACUGUGUGUGACAUCGCUGCCAUCACUAAGCCUUGGCCAAUACAGAAACAGGUUGCAGAGUUGGUGGCUGGGGAAUUCUUUGAGCAAGGUGACAUUGAGAAGCAGGAGUUGAAAAUUACCCCAAUUGAUAUGAUGAAUCGGGAGAAGAAGGACAAACUGCCUCUGAUGCAAGUGGGUUUCAUUGACUCCAUCUGCUUGCCAGUGUAUGAGGCCUUUGCUGACUUGACCCCAGACCUGCAGCCUCUCCUGGAUGGUGUGAAGGACAACCGGCUACAGUGGCAGAAGCUGGCAGACAGCGGCAACCGAACUGUACCGAGAAACAAUAACAAUAACAACAACAAUAACAACAACAACUACUCUAGUAACAGUGACCGAGAAAGAAGUGGUACAAACGAUUAAGUGUGUGUGGAUAUGUCAAGUGUCCUUGCCACCCGCUGCACAAAAUAAUGCUGUGGACAAAUGAAAGUAGAGUUAAGUGUUGCAUCACUAGCAAGGUUUGUGCAGUGACAAUGAUCUAGCCAGAGUACAGAUAUUCACAAAGGAAUGACUGGAGAUUAAAAGGUGCCAGUGUUUGGUGGUUCAGUGUCGGUGUGUGGACUGUGGCCUUUACCACUGCUGAAACCGUUGCUUCUCCUGUGUUGACCUGAAGUGUGAACAUUGCAAACACUAAUAGUAUAUGUUUUAUACUUUUUGACUCUGUAGGUUCAGAAAUCUAUUUAGUCAGUGAAAUGGACAUCUGUGCUACCUGUAAGUGUGAGAAACAUACCAUCAUUUGGUUGUAUAAUGAAUUUAUUGUGGCAUAAUAAUGUUUAAUUUAAUAAUAGGAUGCUCCAGCUCUGGAGUAUUAAAUGUUUUAUUCAGGAAUUUCAUCAGGAAUGUGCAAUAUUCAAAUAGCAUGUAUGGGUCAUUAUUUAUUUACUAGGCAUGUCUGUUCAUCUUAAUGUGUUCACUUAUGGAGUUCAAAAAGUGGGCCCAAGGGAUGCCCAGAGUGGGAGAAGGGGGGAUUAUAUUUACCUCCAUUGAGUCUAUUCAUAUAAUAGAUAUUUAGAUAUUUAUAUUAUCUGUGAUGUUGCCUUCACCUUGCAUCUCUCAACCACUGAUUCACAGCCAUGGAGUCCGGGGCUCAGGGAGGGAAGUAUCGGAAGUAUUGAAGUACUGAGUGUGACAUGGUGAGGGUUGAGAGUCCCGACUUCUGAAGCUGAACAUCACAAGGCACACAUACACCACUCCCAAGGCCAGAAACAUGCUGCACAAAGUUUUUCAUAAGCUGUUUAACUUGGUUUUCUCUUAUGAUUUUGUAGAAGUCUUACCAUCAUUAUGCUCUUAUAGAAUAUCCAGUUAGCCAGUUAAUCACUGAGAGAGGGAGAGCAACACAUCCCCUUCAUCUGUCUUGUCUUGGGCCCAGUGACAAAAGACACCACAAAGAACCCAUUUGUUAACUACAGUAAGCUUAUUUUUUCUAUGUUCACCAUUAUGGAUCAAAGAAUGUGUAUCUAAAGUCAUCUGCAUAUUUCCAAUUGUAAAUAUAUAUUGCAUAAAAAGAAA